ACAACUCUAAGGGUGCUAAAUUUUAUUCACAUUAUUGUUCUACUUCUUCACCUUAUUGGGCCACUUGUCAAUUAAUGGCAGAAAUGCCACAGACGGACGUAGGAUGAAAAAAAAAAUAUCGUUAAAAUUGUUUUAUUUAAAUAUGAAUAUUGAAAAUGUAUUUUGUCUUUUAUAGUAUCAGUUACUCUUAAUACUACUUUUUGUUUAAAUUUUAACACAAAAUAAAAAUUUUACAGCAGAUUUCAAGGCACUGCUAGCUUUCCACAACAAAGAAACAGCAACUUUCAACCUUUGGGCAAAUUUUCAAAUUUUAGUAAUUCUCAAAAUACUAACCAAGGCAAUUACAAAAGCCAACGAGGUAGUUACAAACAGAAAAAUUUUGGAGCACGACAGUUUGGAAAAGCUAAAAGACAGAUGGAUAGUAAUAAGAAGCAGUGGCAUUGUGCAGUAUGCAGCAUAGAUUUCACUUCUCAAAUUCCUCUAGAUAUGCAUUUGCGGGGUGCUAAACAUGCUAAAAAGUUGAAAUCCAGAGACAUAAUGAAUGCUAUUAAUAAUCCAGCUCCGGCAAAAGGAAAUGAUCCUGUUCCUCAAGCAAAGGAGUUAUACUGUGCAUUAUGCAACGUGCAGACAAAUAGUUCUUUGCAAUUACAGACCCAUCUUGAUGGGAGCAAACACAAGAAUAAGCUGAAAGGUGAUACACCAAAAGAUGAAGCAGAAGCUAAAACAGUAGAAAUAACAGAAACUAAGCCUAAAACACAAGUUAAUGGCAAUGGAUCUAUUACUAGGACUUUGCCUUCAGAUUUUGAUGAGCCUCAACCAUCAAAAUUAAUGAAAUUUUCUUGUGACAUUUGCAAUAUUUGUAUGAAUUCUAGUAUACAACUUUCACAGCAUUUAGCAAGUAAAAAGCAUCAGGCUAAAGUUGAAGGUAAACCUCUGCUGAAAGGGAAAAAAGCAAAAGAAGCUACACAGAAUGAAUUACCCAAAGAGGAAAGUGAAAGUAAUCAAGCAUCAGAACCUAUGGAUACCUCUUCUAAAGAUCUCAAGACUGUGAUAGGUGUUCAAGCAUUGUCAUCAUCAUUUGUCCAAUCAGGAACAUUAUUGUAAAAUUUGUCACUUUGUUUGCAAAAAAUAUUUCUGGAUACUUUCAUUUAUUUUUCUGCACACUCCUAAUCUGAUAAGUAAAUGAAAGCAUAAUUUUGUAAUUAUGAUGUUCUAUACUUAAGUUCUUCAUUGAAAAAUUGGAACAAUUUGUGAAAGACUUUUUUGUUUUCAAGUAUCCCCCCCCCCCCUCGUCUUUAGUAUCUUUAAAAGGAGAAUAACCAACUUUCUUCACUUACAUAUACAAAUAUAUGUAAAUUCAUCUAAUUAUUGGGUUUCAAAGGAUCAUUUUGAAUAGUUUUCAAUUUUUUUCCCAGUGGUAUUUUUUUAAAACACCUGUAGUUUUUUGUCUUGUUUUUGAAAUUGUAACCACAUUGGAAUGUGAGGAAAUUCUUCGUACAAAUAUUUUGUUUUUUGACAAGGUUCAUUUAAAUCUCUUAACGUUAGAAAGCGUUCCCCCCCUUUUCCAAUGUUUCUCUUCAUAAUAAUAUUUCUAUUAUUACUUACAUAUAGAAAUAAAAAUUAUCUGGUUUCAAGUACUUCUUGACCAUGGUUUCCUACAUAGUCGCAACCACACAUUAUUUUCUGUAUAGUGUAAAAAAUUUAAAUUUUUAAAUUUUCAUUUGCACAAAUUUUAUUUUCAUACCAUAUGGAAAGUGUAAUAUACAUAUAGGUGUUGAGGGCCUCAUCCAUCAAUAUUACAUACCCAUUCUUUUAGUAUUUUAGCUAACUAUUUUUUCUUUUAAUUUAGUGUGUAACUAAAAAGUACAUACCAUAUAAUAUAGGACAGGUAAUGCAGUGUGUCAAUUUAUUGUACAUAUUAUUAUAAAUUUUUUCUUCAAUACUGAGAAAAACAAGCUUUUGUUUCAUUUGUUGUGUACAUAUAUCGUAGCAAGUAUGUUUGAAAAAUUGUAUUCAAUUAAAAUUCGAGAAAAUAUGCAUAACUUUAAACUGUUGCAGUAUUUCAUACCAUUUCUUGUAUGUACUCUAAGAAAUAUUAAAUGGUUUU